AUGAAAAGAAGGAUAGGUAGUGUAAAUGCUCUGCACCAGCAGAGUGCAUCGAUUCAGAUAAAAUUUGCCAGAAUAGAUCUGCUACGUGUACAGGUCCCAUAUAAAGAUCCUUUGGUAGUCAGUUUGACAGUGGCAGAAUGUUUGGUGCGAAGAGUUCUGAUUGAUCCAGGGAGCAGUGCAAAUGUUAUGCCGAGAAUAACGUUUAACCAGCUCGAGAUCAAGACAGAAAAGCUCAAACCCACCAGAAAUCCAUUACUGCGGUUCAAUAAGAAAUGGGUAGAGCCUAUUGGUAUGGUGGAAUUGCCAUUACAAGCUGCUGAAAGAGUUCUGAUAGAGAGCUUUGUGAUAGAUCCUUAUAAGCUAGACAAAACAAUAAGGGUAGGGUUAGGGCUUGCAGAGGGGGAGAAACAACAGUUAAUUGAUUUCCUGUCUCAGAACGCAGAUGUGUUUGCUUGGAGCCAUUCAGACAUGCCAGGAAUCAGUCCCUCCGUGUCUUGUCAUUCCCUCAAUGUAGAUUCAAAUGCCAAGCCUGUAAGACAGAAGCAAAGGAGGUUUGCCCUAGAGCGCAAUCAAAUCAUUACUGAUGAGAAGAAGAAUGGGAAAUGGAGAGUAUGUAUUGACUUCACAAAUCUGAACAAAGCAUGCUCAAAGGAUAGCUUCCCAUUGCCAAAGAUUGAUCAAAUGGUAGAUGCUACUACUGGGUACGAACAGUUAACCUUCCUAGAUGCUUACUCAGGCUACAAUCAAAUCCCUAUGGACCCGAAUGUUGAAGAGAAAACUUCUUUUGUCUCCGAACGAGGAAUCUAUUGUUACAAAGUCAUAUCGUUCAGACUAAAGAAUGCUGGAGCUACUUAUCAAAGGUUGGUCAGCAAGAUUUUUAAAAAUCAGAUGGGGAAGACUGUAGAGGCCUAUAUUAAUGACAUGGUGGUAAAGAGUAAGAAGAAGGACGAUAACCUGGAACACUUGCAAGAUGUAUUCGGGGUGUUGAGAAGGUAUGGAAUGAAGCUUAAUCUAACCAAAUGCUCAUUCGGCGUGGGUUUUGGGCAGUUCUUGGGACAUGUGGUCAAUAACAAAGGGAUUGAAGUUAGCCCAGCCCAGGCAGACGCUUUGAUAAAAAAAGCAGAACCAAGAACGGUUAAAGAAGUGCAAGCACUUACAGGCCGAAUAGCCGCAUUGAGUCGAUUCAUUUCUAAUCCGUCAGAUUGCUGUAAACCGUUCUUCGAUACAACAAGACGUCAUGGGAAGCAGGCCUGGGGGGAUGAGCAACAGCAGGUAUUGACCAGCUUGAAAGAAUAUAUACAGAACCCUCCACUCUUAUCUGCCCCCGAGCUAGGUGAAAAGCUCUUUAUGUACCUUGGUGUGUCUAGUAUUACAACAAGUGCCGUUCUGGUGCGCUGUGAAGAAGGAAUUGGGAUCAAACUGCAAAUGCCAGAGGGCACCACGCUGAGCCAAGUAGUCAGACUUAAGUUCAGUGUAACUAAUAAUGAGGCUGAAUAUGAAGCAUUACUGGCCAGACUAAAGAUGGCUAGAGAAUUGAAGGUCAAAAGUCUAGUUACUUUUAGUGAUUCACAGCUGAUCAUUCGACAGGUGACUGGGGAAUAUGGAACCAAAGAUGAGAUAAUGGAGGCAUACCACUUUGCCGUUCUGCGCGAGGUAAAAGACUUUGAUCAGAUCAAAUUCGUCCAAUUGCCGAGGGAAUACAAUGAAGAUGCCGAUCGAUUGGCUUGUAGUGCAUCAAGUUCUGGAGAAACACUGGUUAGGGUUAUACUAGUUGAUGUGCUAUCUCAGCCAUCCAUCUUUGGGGAAUCGUCCAGAUUGGACCCUUGGCAAAUUAAUGUCAUACUAUAUGAGCCGACCUGGAUUGACCCAAUCAUGAAUUUCAUACGGGAUGGUGUGUUGCCCGAGCGAAAAGAUGAGGCAAGGAAAAUCAGGUCAAAUGUUGCAAAGUAUGCUAUUGUGCACAAUCAGUUGUACAGAUGGUCUUUUUCGGGUUCGUACUCGAAAUAUGUUACCCCGAUAGAAACUAGACAGAUCUUGCAAACCAUCCAUGAGGGUGUGUGUGGCAAUCAUUCAGGAGGAAGAUCUCUAGCGCAUAAAGCGAUGACAUAA